ACCACGUUCCCCUAUUAUACCUCGGCCCAGUCAUCGUGGUAGCUAAAUGACAUCUUAUGAAUACUCAUUUUUAACUAAUGGUUGACAUUUUGGUGACUUUUGCUCGUUCAAAGAGGUAGUAGUAGAUAGAUGCCUAUCUACACUAACACACCAUGGCUAGAGCUUCAUCAUCUUCGGAUGGCUUCUUUCAGCCAUUCCCCGUCCUUGAACCGCAGUAUACAUCCGAGAAACUCUUGAAUUAUAAAUCGUCUAAAUCAUCCCAGCAACUCUCAGAUGAUCCCGUCCUCGCCCGGAUCCUUCGUCUCUAUCUUCCCCCCGAAGCGCAGAAUGAAGUUGGCGCAUCUAUUCAUAAGUUGUCGCGUCGCGUGCUUGAACCUUCCGUCCUCUGGCAUUCUGUCGAGGCCGAAACAAAUGUCCCAACUCUACAUCCCUUGACGACCUUCGGCAAGGAAAACAAAACAGAUUCACUCCACACCUGUGAAGGAUGGAAAGCCCUCAAGGCAAUAGGUGUCGAAGAGGGUGCUGUUUCAACAGCAUACGAUAAGAAUAAACCAAAUUAUAACCGUAGAGUUGCACAGUUCGGCAUAGGUCACGUUUGGGGCCACACAGCCGCGAUGACUAUGUGCCCCAUGUCUAUGACAGAUGGGGCGGCGGCACUUCUGUCUAGACACUUGAAUGAUCCCGACGGCGAUCAACCAGGCCGGCAGGCCGUUUUAAAUGAGACAUAUCGCCGGCUGGUUUCCCAGGAUCCUAAGCAGAGCUGGACGAGUGGCCAAUGGAUGACUGAGAGAACAGGGGGUAGUGACGUAAGUGGGACAGAGACCGUCGCCCGUAGGCUCACCAGGGAUGAGGUCACCAACGAAGAGAGACUAGGGCAUAACCAAGACAGCUUAGGUCAGCCAUUAGGACCCUGGAGCAUCGAUGGAUUCAAGUGGUUUAGCAGCGCCACCGACUCGGAUGUGGUAGUGCUUCUGGCGCGAACCUGUUUGGGAAUCAGCGCAUUCCUCGUCCCCAUGCGACGGAAAGCGCACAGUCGCUUAUCUGACAGCAAUUCGACCGAGCUGAACGGCAUUAGAAUUCAAAGGCUGAAGGAUAAGCUCGGAACCAAGGGUCUCCCUACGGCCGAGGUUGAGCUCAAGGGAGCACGCGGCUGGCUUAUAGGACAGGAGGGCAAGGGAGUCAAAGAGGUAUCUGCUAUCCUCAACAUCACAAGGGUUUACUCGGCGGCUGGAAGUAUAUCGUAUUGGUCCCGUGGUCUAGCUGUCUGCAGGGCCUUCUCCAAGGUGCGCAAAGCAAGAGGGAGGUUUCUGUACGACCAUCCCCGACAUGUCCUCUGGAUGGCCGACGAGACUGUAAAAUAUUGGGCGGCGACUCAUUUUACUUUUUUUGCUGUCGCCCUGUUGGGCUGCAGCACUCAGGGGUGGGAAACGACUGCCAAAAACACAUCCUCGGAGACUCUUAUACCGCAAGAUCCUGCUCACCAAGCAGCCCUGCUGCGACUCCUGACGCCUGUUGUUAAAGCGCGGGUUCCUGUCGCUAGUGUAAGCGGACUCCGCGAGACUAUGGAGUGUCUUGGUGGUGUAGGGUACUGCGAAAAUAACGAGGAUGGCGGCACCAUGAACCUGGCUAAGUUGUUUCGUGACUGUAUCGCUAAUACAAUCUGGGAGGGCACUGCUAGCGUUAUGGCGGAAGAUGUCUGCCGUGUUAUCAAGGACAAACGUAUCGCUGGUGGGAAUGUUAUUGAAGCAGUAUUUUGCCGUUGGGCUUUAGGAGUUCUUCAACACUGCCGAGGGUCUUUUAAGGUAGAGUGUGAAGUCAUCGAGAAGAAGCUGCAGGCGCUAGUUGCGCUUGUGCAAGGAGCUUCGCCUGAAGAGCUGGAAUAUCGAAGCAGACAUCUACUAAGCUAUCUAGAGACGAUUAGUAGCGCCAUCAUUCUACUAUACGACGCUAGCACAGACGGUGACGAGAUCGCUUCUCAUAUUGCUUCAAGAUAUGUUGGGUUUCAAGCAGUGACCAACAAUAUAAGCCAGCGAGAAUAUCCUGGCCGAUCGGACGACGCAACUCUCGACCACAAGAUCUUUUUAGGAGCUAGCUUCCGACCGAAGGGAAUAGAAGGAAAAUUAUAAAUGUCUAGGUAGGUAGGUAGCCAAGAGCCGAGCCCGUUACUUAUCUGUGGGUGAACAUAGGUGGUAAUUAGGCAGGUAAGGAGAUAUAGGGUACCUAGCAGAAUAUUUUGCUUACCUAGACAAAGCGGUCAUACUUGUUCUAAAAUAUGAAUCCUGUAUUGUUAAUUAUCAGCAGUAUUAGAAACCUUUGUUUUUGGACACAAUCAAACAAACAUUUGAAAAAA